UCUACUGGGCUUACCAGGAGCUUCUUCAGGAGUUGAGGGAGAAGUUGGCUUGGAGACACGCGCCAGCGUAUCCUAUACGACAUCCCCGAGAUUGCCAAGUACCCGCACUCCAUCAAUUUCAUGGCGCAUGAUGAACCAAAGACCGGAAUUACCGCUCCGCUGUACGCGAGAACGUGGCAGAACCAAUCCGAUCCGGAUUUCAGCGUGAAUGCCCAGGUACUUUAUACUGGCUCGAUAGCGGCGCCCCGGCAGAGAAACUGCUUCUCUGCGAUCCCUUCUACGGAAGGGAAUUCAGCCUGGCGCCUACAGAAGAUCUUUUACGAGGAUGGAAAGUCAGAUUCCAGACCGACCAGCGCGCCACCUACGCUACUGGUGCUGACCAGUGGCUGGGCUGUGAUGACCCAAGGUAAGCGCCCUCACAAAUUGUAUCUUUCGAAGCAGAUCCAUCGCCGAGAAGUACCCGCUCCUCAAGACCAUUAACAAAGCUCUUCGCAAGCCGCUCACUAAUUCUACGAUGAACUGACUGAAUUGACUAAUUAAUACCAGAAGAAAAAAACAGAGUCGCGUUUUAUUUUCGCGAGGCUGGAAUAGAUAAUGAAAUACGCGAAAAAUCCAAUCGCAGCACCUGCGCGCAAUCGAGAAAAAUCUCGAAGCCCAAGUUCCGGCAAGCGAGCAGCCGGUAAUCCGGUUAAAUUUCACGUUCAACCGCUGAAAUUCCAGGGCGAUUCCUCUCCCGCAGUUUGUCAUUAGUCGUUCGUUCGAAUGCGAAUAUUCGAUCAUCGGCCCGCGUCCUGUCUCCGCUCCGGCCGCGUAUAUCUAUACACAGGAUUUUUAAGCGUCGCGGGAAAAGAGCGAUUAUCGAGAACGAGAGGGAAAGAGCGAGAGCUUGGAUAACGCAAUCAGGGAAUCUGAUCGAAAAAUAAUAGACGCGCCUCCGUUUCCUCUGUUUCUCUCUGUCUCUCUCUCUCGCGCUCGCGCUCGCUCUGCGGAGAGAUGCAGAGGCACAACUCGAUGAUUGAAAUUUCUGUCUCCCCCGAGCGUAUACGAAUUUGCUGGCGGUGAGCGCAGGACGA